AGUUCAUUUUCUAGAAAGAGACCAAAAAAACACAAUCAGAGUCGGUGUUCUUCACAUCAUCAAUUCUAUAACAAUGGCUACGGAGCAAUCUGUUAUGCCGGUGAUACGGGCAGCAAGACCCACUUUCCGUAAUCCCCACGACAAGGUAGCGUUUGCUGUUCACGCUGCCUUCCUUGCUUCUGGCUUUGUUCUCCAUGCCACUGGCCCUGCCGCUUCAACUGAUGAUGCUCUUUCUUCCACCUCAACUGUAGAUGAGGUGGGUAUUGAUCAUUGGAAUGAAUUUGAGGAUUGUUACGCAUUUGUUUAUUCAAAGCCUGAGAAGAGCUCCAAAAAAGUGUUGGUGAAGUGCCUCGCAAUGAACAAUAAGCUGCUUAUAGAUGCAUUCAGGGAUGGCGAUAACGAGCCUCUACAUCUUGAACUAAGUGUUGAGGACUACAUUGUCGAGGAUGGGGGAACUAACUACAACACCCAGUUCAAGAAUUUGGGAAAGCUGGUAGGAGAACUGAACAAAGCCAUCCUGACUAAAUAUACUGGUUCUUCUAUGUCAAAUUCCUCUACUCAAACUUCAAGUUCUGAAAAGGGAGAAAUCAACAACCCUCCUAAUGUUGAACGCCAACCUGACUAUCCGUAUCAGCCUGCAGGUUCUUUUCCCUCAGGGUACGUGGUUCCUCCCAUUCCUGGUAUUGGUGGCGGUGAUCUUUUCCCCGGGCCUGGUGCCGGAGUAUACCCAACCAGAGGCGAACCAGGAGCUGGUGGGAGCAUGCUUGUAGGGCCUAAUGACCCUCGUUUUUUUGGUGGAAUGGGUGGGGAUCCUCGUUUACCUGGUGGACUGCCGGGUGUUCCACCUGGUGCCCGUUUUGAUCCAUAUGGUCCACCAGAUGUUCCUGGCUUUGAACCAGGUCGCUUUAUCAGGAACCCAAGGAGGCCUGGAGGUGGAGGGAAGCCUCAUCCAGAUCUCCCACAUUUUGGCGGCGAUUCUGACUUCAUAUAGACUAGUUUGGAAGACAAAACUCAGAUACAGUUGGUCUUGUUUUUUCUGUUUUUGUUAGUCUUGUGAACUGCAGAUUUGAGUAUUUCGAGUUAGGCAACGAUGUAUAUAAGUUUUGCUCAACUUCAAAUUUACGCCUGGCUGGAACAUUACAGGACAGUUUGCUGGUGGUUUUGUAGUUAUGUAACUUUUACUUGAGCAAAACUAACUACUGUUUAAUCCAAAGUUAUUAACAUGCUUAACAUCACUCUGGAUAAGGAGCUA